UGAGAUAAGAUCUGAGUAGGUAAACUUCCAAAUUUCAAAGUAAUUACUUUUUUGUUUUUAGUGGUUUUAUUAUUAAUUAAAUUGCAUCUCUUAAAUUAAUAAAGAUUUAAUUAAACGGCUGUUGAGAAUGAGAAUUAUCCCUUCCCUCAUUUUGUUUAUUCAUUCAUUCAUUCAUUUGUCUCAAAAUAUUUAGCAAAACAACUACCCUUCCUUCAUUCUUAAACAACAAACAAACCAAACCCAUAUUCAUAUUCAUAAUUUGAUCAACCUCACAGAUAUCGCUCUUUCACUGUUUCUCUCUCAUCGAUUUAGCGCUUGGUCCUGACGUUGAGGGAUUUAAAGAGAAUUUAUAGAUUAUAUUUGUAGUUUACCCAAAUAACUUUGAUCAGUUAGCAUGAGUGAAAGCUAUAGCAAUGUAAGUGCUAGCUCCACCUCGAGUUUAAAUAGCAGUUCCCACGAUACAGAGGAUGAUCAAACCAUUGCAAGUAUCUUAGCGGAGGAGGAACAACUCAAAAAUAAUCGGAGGCUCGGGAAGAGGCUUUCUCAUUUAGAUUCUAUUCCACAUACUCCUCGGAUAAAUGGGGACAUACCUGAUGUUAAUGAUGCUUCCUUAGACCAUGAGCGGCUAUCAGAAAGAUUGGCCACCUACGAUUUAGCUGAACUGCAAAUGGAGGGUGAUGGGAAUUGCCAGUUUCGAGCAUUAGCAGAUCAACUGUUUCGUAGUCCAGAUUACCAUAAGCAUGUUAGAAAGCAAGUUGUAAAGCAGCUUAAGCACCAUCGAAAAUUAUAUGAAGGUUAUGUUCCAAUGAAGUACAGAAGCUACCUGAGGAAAAUGAAAAAAGCUGGCGAGUGGGGAGAUCACCUUACAUUACAGGCAGCAGCUGACCGAUUUGAAACAAAAAUAUGUUUAAUCACCUCAUUUCGAGACACUUGCUACAUUGAGAUCCUUCCCAAAGACAAGAAUCCUACCCGAGAAGUUUGGCUGAGUUUUUGGAGCGAAGUACACUACAAUUCCCUAUAUGCAACUGGAGAUGUUCCAACCAGAGCUCCAAGAAAGAAGCAUUGGCUAUUCUAGGCUGUUUACUUGACUUGGGUACGAGUUUAGUUUAUGCUCUUUAUUUUUAGUUUUGUUUUGUACAACAUAGCUUGUUUGUAUAGGUUUCAUGGGCUACACUACACCUCCGUUGUAACUUGUAAUAUUCCACUACGUACUGUAAUAUAUAUUAUUACAUAGUAUUUAUUUGUUCUUUUAUAAUAGUAAAAAUAAUAUCCAAUAUCAA